GUUGCCCGAAGCCGGGAGCGCGGAGUCGUCCCCGGGGGAGGCGGCCAGGCUAUGAUCGCGGGUCCCCGGCGGCCCGCUCCGGCCAAACAGAGUCUCUGUCUCAGCUGGUGCCCGCGCUUGAGCGGUCGUCUGAGCCCAAUCCCUCGGCGCAGUUGGCGGCGGCGCCCCCGGCGCGCCCCCUCCUCCGAUGGCGGCAGAGAUCCAGCCCAAGCCGCUGACCCGCAAGCCGAUCCUGCUGCAGCGGGUCGAGGGCUCUCAGGACGUGGUGAACAUGGCCGUGAUCGUGCCCAAGGAGGAGGGUGUCAUCAGUGUCUCGGAGGACAGGACUGUUCGUGUGUGGUUAAAGAGAGACAGUGGACAGUACUGGCCAAGCAUAUACCAUGUGAUGCCUUCUCCAUGUUCAUGCAUGUCUUUUAACCCGGAAACAAGAAGACUGUCCAUAGGUCUAGACAAUGGUACAAUCUCAGAGUUUAUUUUAUCAGAAGAUUAUAACAAGAUGACUCCUGUGAAAAACUAUCAAGCGCAUCAGAGCCGAGUGACGAUGAUCCAGUUUGUCCUGGAGCUGGAGUGGGUGCUGAGCACGGGACAGGACAAGCAGUUUGCCUGGCACUGCUCCGAGAGUGGGCAGCGUCUGGGAGGUUAUCGCACCAGUGCUGUGGCCUCAGGCCUGCAAUUUGAUGUUGAAACCCGGCACGUGUUCAUUGGUGACCAGUCAGGCCAAGUAACCAUCCUCAAACUGGAGCAAGAAAACUGCACCCUGGUCACAACAUUCAGAGGACACACAGGUGGGGUGACUGCUCUCUGCUGGGACCCUGUCCAGCGGGUGUUGUUCUCGGGGAGCUCCGAUCACUCCGUCAUCAUGUGGGACAUCGGUGGGAGAAAAGGAACAGCCAUUGAGCUCCAAGGACACAAUGACAAAGUCCAGGCCCUGUCCUAUGCCCAGCACACGCGGCAGCUCAUCUCCUGUGGCGGUGACGGUGGCAUCGUGGUCUGGAACAUGGACGUGGAGAGGCAGGAGACCCCUGAAUGGUUGGACAGUGAUUCCUGCCAGAAGUGCGACCAGCCUUUUUUCUGGAACUUCAAGCAAAUGUGGGACAGUAAGAAAAUUGGCCUGAGACAGCACCACUGCCGCAAGUGCGGGAAGGCGGUCUGCGGCAAGUGCAGCUCCAAGCGCUCCGCGAUCCCGCUGAUGGGCUUCGAGUUCGAAGUGAGGGUGUGUGACAGCUGCCACGAGGCCAUCACAGACGAGGAACGCGCGCCCACCGCGACCUUCCACGACAGUAAACAUAACAUCGUGCACGUGCACUUCGACGCGACCAGAGGAUGGUUACUGACUUCGGGAACUGACAAGGUUAUUAAGUUGUGGGAUAUGACCCCAGUCGUGUCUUGAUGCCCCUUCCAGGCGCCAGAAAGACAGAAUUUACUCAAGAAACGGUUGUUCUAACCCCAGUCACGACUGGAGCCGUAAAGCAGAUGUGUGAGUGGCGGGAGAGAAGCCGGAAAGCUGAGCUGAGAGCUGAGCUUGCGCGUCGCCUGCACACGUGGCGGUGAGCGGUCCGUGAGCUCUUGUGAGGGAACUCUUCCAACUUGUUCAUACAAUAUAAAAAGAGGAUAUUUUUUUAACAAAUGGUUUAUACAGUCUGGCUCUGCUCCCUUGUUUUGAGUAUACCGAAAACUCAGUGUGGGGUGUUUCAGUUUUAUAUUGGUCAACACUUGGUUUUAGCUGUUUCUUUGUGUCAGAGAAACGAGGAGUGUAUAACUAUUCAGGGUAUUUGGGGUCGUUGUGAAGUAGUUUCCGUGUUUCUCUCCCUUGGGCACAUAUCCUGUGGUCUGCGUCUUCCCCCCGCUCAGCUUCCUCCACUGUUCCCCAGAGUGAGCAUAUUCACAAUUUAUUUGCAGUGUUUGCUUUCGUAGGAGUCCCUUUCGUUGAGAGAUCUGGAAAACCAUCCUUGUGUUUUCCCAGCUGAUUUCUUAAAUUGCCCGAAGGGUGAUCCAUUUGUAAUGUCUAGAUCUUACAAGAGUGGAAAUGACCUUAUGUUUCUGCCUCAGUUUUUCUCUUUCCCACAUUAAAAAAAGAGAAAAAAAAAAAAUUGCUGUGAGAAAGCCACUCUCAGCCACGGAAGUAGAUUAUCAAACUCAGACCUUCAACUCUCAGUGCCUGGAUCCUUUCUAACUCAGUGGGAGCUUUCUGAGCCUUUUGGGUUUUAGUUUUAUUGACACUGCUCUCCUUCGCUCUUGAUAUUAAAAACAAGCAAAACGGAACAACAAAACCCUGUGUCCUUCAAGAAGAGUGUCUUUGAGAUCUGUGGUUC